GCUUUUUGUUGCGUGUCGACACUUCGGGCAACACUGUCAUUUAAUCAGUGUUGAUUGUCCGGACGAAGGGGAAAGUGAUUAGAAUUAGAAUUUAUAUGAAAUGUGUAUCUCAGGAGAGAGUCAAGACGGAAACCCGAUUUCUCAGGGCAAGGACUGAAAAACGGCGUCGUUCUUUUUUUCCACUGCUCCUCCUAUCUGUGUUUUUACAAAUACGUCCAGUGUCAUUUUUGGAAAAUGUUGAUAAAUUGACAAAUUUUCACUAGAGCCGACGAACAUGUUCAGGUCCAGGAGCUGGUUUGGUGGUUCCCUAUGGAAGAACAAAAACCCGCAUUCAUUGGAUCACCUCAAGUACUUGCACAACGUACUGUCCAAGAAUCAGACAGUAUCAGAAAACAACCGUGGCCUCCUUGUUGAAACACUACGUUCCAUUGCGGAGAUCCUGAUAUGGGGCGAUCAGAACGACAGCAGUGUAUUCGAUUUCUUCCUCGAAAAGAAUAUGCUUUCUUUCUUCCUGAAAAUCCUGAAGCAGAAGUGUGGAAGCUACGUCUGCGUUCAGCUCCUCCAGACUUUAAACAUAUUAUUUGAAAACAUAAGAAACGAGACCUCUCUGUAUUAUUUAUUAAGUAACAACCAUGUGAAUUCAAUAAUCGUACACAAGUUUGACUUUUCUGAUGAGGAGGUGAUGGCCUACUACAUAUCAUUUUUGAAGACGCUGUCCCUCAAACUAAACAGCCACACGAUUCAUUUUUUCUACAAUGACCACACAAACGAUUUUCCACUGUAUACCGAGGCAAUAAAGUUUUUCAAACAUUCUGAGUCAAUGGUGAGAAUAGCAGUGAGGACGCUGACUCUCAAUGUCUACAGGGUGAGGGAUAAUUCUAUGCUUCGGUUCAUCCGGGAUAAGACGGCUGCACCCUACUUCUCUAAUCUGGUCUGGUUCAUCGGUAAUCACGUGAUUGAACUGGACACCUGUGUACGCAAUGAUGCAGAUCACUCAAGCCAGUCACGACUAGCUGAUCUCGUUGCAGAACACCUUGAUCAUCUCCAUUAUCUAAAUGAUAUAUUGUGCCUGAACAUUGACGAACUUAAUGAUGUUUUGGUCAACCACCUUUUAAACGAACUGUAUAUACCUCUAUAUAUAUUUUCCUUACUUCCUGUACAGAAUGAAGAAAAUGAAAAUCAACCAAGAGUGAGCACUGUGGUAUCUUUGUUCUUAUUGACGCAAGUGUUUAUUAUAACAAAACAACAGGCUCUUGUAAAUGAACUGGCCCAGGUUAUUAUCAAAAGCACCAAAGGGAGCUGGGAGAACGGCUCUUAUAUCACUCAGGCCCGACCAAUUUUCAGCCAGCCUACGCAGAGCCUCGAGGAGUCUCUCAAUGGGUCUGCAGCCCCAGAUGGGAAUGCGGGCAUUUUAGGACAUCCUGUUAACGAUUUAAAUAUAACUGAUGAAGAGAAAGAACAAAGGUUAGCUCAAGAAUCACAGAAAUUAUUUUUUGAAGUUAUUAUCAAAAGUUUAGAUUGUACUGAAAAUGAUUAUUCAGCCUUAUUUUCUCUGUGUUUACUGUAUGCCAUUUCUCAGAACUCAGGCAUUGAAAAUGUUUUGUUAGAUGGGCUACUUCUACCCGUAAGCGUACCUGAUAAACAAAAGUAUAACAUGAGCCUUGUACAGAAUUUAAUUGACAUUAUCUCUUUAAGUUCGCAAGCAGGGAGUAAAGUUAGGUUAGUGACAUUGGAACUGGCAAUACUCCUACUUCUUAGGCUAGUGAUGAAAGAUAAGGUCAGUUUAUUGACUGACGCCCAUUUAGCGGCUGUGAUUGAAGCUAAAGAAGAGAGUGUGUCACUUUUGCGUACCUGCUAUAAGAGGGAAGACAUUAUGUUUGGUGAGAUGUUUGAAAACGAGGAUGAGGAGAUGAGGAAGAAGCCGUUGAAUGUUGAGUGGCUCAUGAUGGAUUCAAACAUCCUCUUGCCUCCGACUGGAACACCUAUGACGGGUAUCGAAUUUGCGAAGAGGCUGCCUUGCGGCGAGGUGGAAAGGGCCAGGCGGGCGAUACGAGUUUUUCUUCUUAUCAGGAGUCUAUGUCUUACUCUUUCUGGAGAAGAAGAGACUCAGCUUCCGCUUACAAAUAGAAGUGAACUUGUUCAAAAUGACUCUGUACUUGAUUUGAAUAAUAGUGACCUACUAUCGUGUCAUGUAAUCGGAGCUGAUGGGAUAAGAAAUCAUCGAUUUCUUGUCAUUACAAACAACCAGAUCAUACUAGUUGUACCUGUGCCUGGCCAUAUUGGUUUUGGUCGGCCAAAGUUGGCGGCAAUGCUGCACGACUUGGAUUUUAGUGGAGACAAGCUCGAUUCGCGCACUCUCUACCUAUCGUCCAAGUACACCACUGUGGGCCCAAUGGUCAAUACGAAAUUUAUAUUCGAUGAUUCCAUCCGUUGUCUCGCCGCACAACAGCGGCUUACAAAGGGCAAGAUGAAAGUCAGAGAAGAGAAGUUACACCAGAUGGAAAAGGUACUCGACAUAACUAUCCACGACUCGCCACAGCAAAACAACCUACUUCAACAACUUCGCCAUCAGCAUAUUAAGCAUUUUGGGUAUUUCAGUAAUGCUUCCAUUAUAGGGACACAUUUUGGAAGGCCAUUGUUAACCAGGGUUCCAGGGUACACAAUACCUAUCAAAAUACCAAUGGCCAGCCCGAAAAUAGCCCAAGAUGAACUCAGCGAGGCGAGCAACUCACCUGGGUCAAGAUCUAGGGACAGUUCGCCCAAAAUGCCAAGGCCGAGGAGCGAAGAAAUACAACUUGAAAGAAUGCACUCUAAGAGGGGCAGCUUGGCAUCAGUCAGUUCAACUGUGGCUGAAGAGACCAGCUCAUGUGACUGCACAAUCGAAAGUACAUCAGAGUUUUCAGGACCAAGCAAAGAAACUUCAUUCACUGAGCCAUCAGCCGAUGCUUCUCGGAAAAAAGGAAAAGUUGAGACUGUUUAAAAUUGAUGAAACCUCACUAAAAAAAACUUAGGCUCAAUUUCUGUAAAUAACUUCAGACUGUACAAUACAAUCUUUUCCCUUAAAAAAAAAAAAAAAAAAAAAAAUACUGUCAUUUGGUUUUUUUGUUCUUGUACAUAACUUCAUUUGUGAAUUUUUUACAACUAUUUAAACAAAACUGUAAUAAAACGUUGAAUUUGAACAUUGAAACUCAAACUGUUAUUUGACAUAUCAGACUCCAAAAGAGUUAAUAACCAAGUUUUCUAUUUUGUGAUAUCCUGAACCUUCAAGUAACUGUGAUCUGCUAUAAACAAGUAUUUGUUUUAUUUGUUGGUUGUAGCCUGAGAGCUGGCCAGUCAGAAAUUUAUACAAUUCAAAAUCAUACCAUCGUUUUUAAUUCUUCACUAGAUGUUCAUAUUUUAUUUAAAAUUGAAUGCUAAAUUUGUAUUUAUUUUUCAUUAUUUUUGUUUGGUCUUUCAUAAUUUUAGAACAAAAGGCAAAGGACGAUGGAUUAAAGACAUCAACACAGCCUGAUAAGGAAGAAAAAAUUUAUUUUGCAUUGUAUUGCUUUUACAUUCUAAGCAAUAAUUAUUUUAUAAAUGUCCAAUCCAAUUUAUUACAAAUUUGUAAUUGCCAUAAAAUAAAUAUAUUUUUUUUAAAUCUAGUUUAACGAAGAAAGCAUGUUUAAUAAUAAAUUAAGGCUGUAUGAAAUGGUAUUGCUCUUAAUUAGCAUCGCUAUUCUGAAUUGAAGGGUUGUAUUAAAUCUUAUGAAAUUGUGUAAUCAGCAAAAUAAUGUAUAGUAGGAAUCGUAAGUUAAUUUUGUUACCUUAAUUUGUGAUAAACAAAUGAGAAAAUUAAAUGUUUUGGCUUCCAAACGAUACAAUCCAAUUGGUUAUGCCAUUUGCCUGGCGGAGCUUUAAAAGUUCGAAAUAUCGUUUAAGUAAUGAAUUAUAAAGAUAUGUCCUAAUUGUGAUUAAUCAGAUAUAAAUACAGCUAUUAUUUUAA